CUUACAGACGUUAUUUUCCGCUACCAUGAGAGUGCACGAUGGAUGCCCAGCUGCAUGUGCCGGUGGCGGAAAUCCCUCGGCUGAAAUAUCCAGGGGAGCUGACGCGGGAGCGGUUCGAGCGAGACUUCGCCGCCAAGAGCGAGCCUGUGAUCAUCGAGGGCCUCGUGGCCGACUGGCCCGCCUUCUCCGACCCGGAGCGCAACUGGCACGGAGAGAGAUGGAACUCCCUCAUGGCCGACAGCAUGCUGGACGUGGGCUUCGACCCCUGCGACAGCCGCAUGAUGCAUUUCGGGGAGGAGAACGAGGCCUCGGUGCUCUUUAACCCCGGCAGGCUGCGGAUGCCCACCUGGGUCUUCUUGGAGGUGGCGCGGCUGCGCCAGGAGAUCCUUCGGCUGCGGCAAGGCGGAGGAAGUGUUGACCUCAAAAAGCACCCGGACUUGCAGCGGAGGUUGGCGCGCGAGGUGUCUGUUCAGAACAUGCCCUUCCUGGCGGUGGAUGCGGACGCCCCGUUGCACUUGUUCGCGCCGAUGACCUGCUGCAUGCGGGACUUGGUGCCCCUGUCCUUCUACCUGUCCCACGACACCUAUGCAUUGCCAGAGGAGUUGCAGAAGGAUCUGGCCCCGCAGGCUCCGAAGCUGAUUGAGGGCUGGGCGAGUCCCAAUGCCUCUCGGAUUUGGGCGACCAACGGUGCCCCCUGGCGGGUGCCUUAUCCACCCUGGGGCGAUCGCUCUGUGCCGGAGCCUGUCGAGGACUCCAUGAUUUACAGCUGCUUCCACUGCGACCGGAUGGAGAACUUCCACUCGGUCCUGGCUGGCGAGAAGCAGGUCGUGCUGGUGCCACCUGGCCAGCGCGAUGUGCUGAACUCCACGCGCUUCGCACUACAGAAGCAGUGGCUUUUGGCCCCGGUGCCGGGGCCAAACAAGUACAUGGGCUCCACAGUGUUCACGUCCAAGCAGUCGGAGUGCUCCAGCGAUCAGAGCGCCGUGCAUCCCUUCCGCUCCCCCGAGUACAACCGCCAGGUCUCGAGAGGUCAGUGGCCGGAUGCGGUGAGCUUCCCUGUGCGCCGCGGCACACUGCGGAAGGGCGACACGUUGUACAUACCAGCAUAUCACUGGCAUUGGGUUGCAACGACGACACCGCCAGCGCUCGGCGUGGAGGAUGAAGGGGCUUUGGCCCUCUCCGUCAACUUCUGGUGGUGGCCGAUUCACAACGACCAGGCCAUGGAGCGCUGGAGCUUCCAGAAUGAGUGCGAGUCUUUUCGGAAUGCGCGAACACAGCCGAAAGAGCGACAGUUUCCGGACCGCGCUGCCCAUGCAGCCUCCUUCUAUCAGCUCACGGCGAAGCAGAGGCAGGAGGCGGCGAUCCCAAGGCCCUGGCCAAUGGGGCCGCCUGUCGCAGUGAAGAAAGAGGAGGCUUCGGUCAAAACCGAGAUGAAGUUUGAGCUUGUCGACUGAGCGUUCGCCCAGUUCCUUAUGUUUCGUUACUUACGACAUUAGAUGAUCAGGGCCAGCAGCAUGCAUCCUGCAUGCGUGCUCAUAGCUAGCACCGACCGUGCGCUGGAAAA